AUCCUUGCUUCUCAAGAACUCAGAAAUGAUCACAAACCCGUUAAAGAAUUGGUCUUACAGUAUAAAGAACUGCAUAUCUCAAGGAAAAUUCAAAGAAGCCCUUUUAACAUAUACCCAUAAUCGUAUGAAUGGAAGUUUUAUAAUGGGUGUUGUUCCUUUGGUGCUAAAGGCAUGUGCCUCACUUUCAAUGCUUAGCCUUGGCAAAGCCUUACAUGCUGAAUCUGUGAAAUCGGGAUUUGAUUGUAAUGUAAUGGUGGGGACUGCGUUAUUGGAUAUGUAUGGGAAAUGUGGUGAAAUUGGGAGUGCCCGGAAAAUGUUUGAUUAUAUGCCUGAAAGAAAUGUGAUUACAUGGAAUGCUAUGAUAGGAGGAUGUAUAAAGAAUGGUGAUAUAAAGACUGCUUUUUUAUUGUUUGAGAAUAUGUCUGAGAAGACAAUUGUGACUUGGAAUGAAAUGAUUGAUGGGUAUGCGAGGAAUGGAGAUAUGCUGCUGGCUAGGAGUUUUUUUGACCGGGUACCAGAUGAGUUGAGGAAUGUUGUUACAUGGAGUGUGAUGGUUGAUGGGUAUACUAGUAAUGGGGAUAUGGAUGCUGCAAGGGAAUUGUUUGAGAUUAUGCCAACAAGGAAUUUUUAUGUCUGGUCGUCGAUGGUUUCUGGUUAUUUUAAGAAGGGUGAUGUUAAGAGUGCCGAGGCCAUAUUUGAUAGGAUGAGUAUGAAGAACUUGGUGAAUUGGAAUUCAUUGAUAUGUGGUUAUACACAAAAUGGGUUGUGUGAAGAAGCCUUGGAAGCAUUUACAAAAAUGCAAGAUGAGGGUCUUGAACCAGAUGAGGUUACUGUAGUUAGUGUUUUAUCGGCUUGUGCCCAGUUGGCUUUACUGGAUGUUGGCAAGGAUAUACAUGAAAUGAUAAUUCGGAAAGGGAUUGAAUUGAAUGAAUAUGUUCUUAAUGGGUUGGUUGACAUGUAUGCAAAAUGUGGGGAUUUAAGUAACGCCAGAUUGAUUUUUGAAGGAAUGUUGGUUAAGAAGAAUGAUGCUGCUUGGAACUCACUAAUAUCUGGUUUUGCUAACCAUGGCCACUGUGUGGAGGCAAUUAAUUUUUUUGAUAGAAUGGCUAGUUCAGGAGUGAAACCUAAUGAUAUAACAUUUCUCUCAGUGCUAUCGGCUUGUGCCCAUGGUGGAUUUGUGGAGGAAGGUUUAGAGAUCUUCUCCAGGAUGGAGAAAUAUGCAUUGACGGCAAGCAUCAAGCAUUAUGGUUGUCUUGUAGACCUUUUGGGAAGGGCUGGAAGAUUAGAGGAGGCUUGUGACUUGAUAAAAGGGAUGCCUGUCACACCAAAUGACACAGUUUUAGGGGCUCUGCUUGGAGCAUGUCGGGUUCACUCGGACACAGAUGUGGUGGAAAAUGUGCUGAAAGAAGUCAGAAAAUUGAACUACAUUAGUGAUUCCGGUGAUGAUGCACAUUAUGUGAUUUUUUCAAAUAUAUAUGCUGCUGCUGAAAGGUGGGAGAAAGCUGAAAGGAUGAGGUUUGCCUUGUCAAAUAAAGGGUCUCAGAAGACACCAGGGUGUAGUGUGGUCAUGCUCGAUGGACCAGAGACUAGUUUUAUGCAAGUAUUGACAGCAUAAACUUCUAAAACAUGAUACUAAAACAAUGUUGAGGUGAUUGUAGUGACAAUCAAACAGAGCUAUCAAUGCCUGAUGUCGCGAU